AUGUCCAUCUUUGUCCAAUCUCGGAUCAACUAUGCAUUCGAGAAUGAACAGAUCGUGGAGCUUGCUCUCAGGUCAGCUCACAGAGAUAAGCAUACUGGAGAGGGCAAUGAUGGGAACAGGGGCCUUGCUCAUUACGGGGUUCUAGCAAUAUCGAUGGUAGAAACCCACAACGUUAUUGUCGAAAGUGGAAAGACAUUACAUGAUCUUCAUGUUCGAAACCAUUGGUGGAAUACAAAGAAAGGUCGAGCAGCCGCGUGCAGGUCGUUAGGUUUUGAACCUUUCAUCGUUAGGAGUACUCGGCAACACUAUCAGUCCUUGUCUGAUGCUGUGCUCGACAACGCUCUCAGUGCACUAAUUGGAGCUGUUUGGCUGGACUGUGAAGACCGCGGGAAGACCACGGCUGUGACUCGUCGUACACUCUGGGAAGUGCUGCGUAGCAUAGAUGAUGCCUUGACCAAUUCCUCACUCUUGGCAGGCGAAGACAGUGCUCUAAUGCAGAUGAACUAUGAGAAAUGUGAGUUAUUUGGAGAUUCGCUUGCGGAAUCCGGAACUCCGACGGCCAGCUUUGGGGCAGAGCUCGACGAUAUUGGAAGAUUUGCACAAGGAUGGUCCGAGUGGGUGUUUGAUGACACCUGCCAUGAUUUUGUCCUGGAACAACCGGGGUUCUCGAACAGAUCCCCACUUGACUUUCCAAUUGAAACUACGAAUGACCACUUGUCUGGAUUUAGUCUUGUGGGAGACUCUGGCGCGUCCCUCCUAACGCUGGCCAACGCAAAAACGGGUGCCGAGUUUGAAGAAGUACCCCACAAGAGCCACGACGCCUUUGAUGAGACGCCUGCCUUCUCUUCUCCAGAGGAAUCACGAAAUGCCAACAGAAAUGCGACACCAUCAAGUCCAUGCUUGAAGAGAAAACGAUUCCAAGGCACUCGAGGAAAGGAUCAUCCAAUAUACAGCAGCAUGCUGUGCUCAGAGCAGCAAAAGUUGGAUUGUGUCGCCCCACUUCGGAAAGAUGAAUUGGCCAGGUUCUUAGAAAUCCCUCAAGUCUGUAAGCCGGAAAACAAGCCAACCAUGUUGCUUCGCUUCUUGUACUUGGCUACAGGAAGUUGGCAAGUUCUUGACGACUUCCAGGGCCAACUUCGAUUGGCGCGCAGCCUCCCAGUCAUUUGCAGACAGCCAGGGACUGCUGCCGAGACUUACCGUGAGAUUUGUCGUCUCGAAGGUGUUGAAUCACUGAACAUCCUCAUGCGACGAUACCAUACCAUCAAUCUAUGUGAGAAUGAAAGAGAGGAACAGCGCCGAUGCAAUCAGAUUAUCGUGGAAACUCCCCACACAAUUGGAUUGCCAGGCAGAUUAAACGCAGGGAAUCCUAUUUUGGCUCUAGAUGCAAGUCUUACAGACCAGCUAGUUUACAGGAUAAUGCCUAAUAUAGAGCCCGGUUCUGAAGAAUUCAAGAAGGCUCGUCGCAAAGUGAAGCGACUUCGCAAGUUGGCAAGAUAUCUCUACAUCUUAAUCGACAGCUAUGGUAUUGGUAUUCUUGCUCUUCUGCCGUCUGGACCUUCUUUUGGGGACAUUUCCUUGACUGAUAAUGUGUCCGCUUCUCUUAAGGCUGAGCAAAUUCGUCGAAACUUCUCUGCUGGCAGUAGCAACAUGUUCUUUGAGGACCCAUACCACAUGCCCCGUUGA